AGAAGCUUUCCAAAUAAAAUAAUGAGUAACCAAGCAAAGGAUAUAUUCUAUUGUAAGAUCAAUCAAAGAAUAGGACAGAAACACCAAAGAUUGUAUGUUACUGUUAUGCCUUGCAUAUACGUACAGACAACGACAUUUAGUCAUGAAUUACAUCUAUAUAAUCCUUAUUACCUUUUGCUUAAUUUCUUAAAGUAUAAGAUGGCAAUGAGUUCUAAUUACUUAGACGACGCAGCUAUGAAGGAAACAUUUCGGAGGAGCCCUUUCAAAUUCGCUAACACGAAGGUCCCUCAUGGUGGCUUAGGCGAGAGUUUCUCUCCUAUAAAAGAAGUUCCUGAAGAAGAAGUUCCUAAUGAUCCCUUAAAUAUCCAGAUUCCGUUCAUCGAAUCAGCUCUUUCCGCUUCUCGGCUUCACGGGAAGGUUACGAACGUAUACUAUGAGUAUAUUAAAUUAAGUCAAGGAAUAAGCCAAGGUCGUGUAGAAGUCGUCAAGGACUUCUUGAACCAACGCCCGGACGCAGUUGACGAAUGGAUAAACCUUUACGAGACGCCGUUGUUGAAAGCUUGCGCAUGUGGAAAACCAGAGAUUGUUAAGGAGCUUCUGCGUCGCAUGACACCUGAACAAAUGCUUCCCAAGAUGAGCCAGAACGCUUCUUACCACACACCUCUCACCGUCGUUGCGGUCAGUGGAAACAUGGAGAUUGCUGAAGUCUUGGUCGCCAAGAACCCUAAGCUGUUGGAGAUUCCUGGGAUCAAUGGGCAGAUUCCGGUUGUGGUUGCGGUUGAGAACACGCAGAUGGAGAUGGCUCGGUAUCUCUACACUAGAACUCCGGUUCAGGUGUUACUUGAUCAAGAUGGGUAUCAUGGUUCCUUGCUCUUUCUCAAUGCCAUCUUCUAUAAAAUGCUCGACAUCGCCUUGGAUCUGUUCGGCAUGUGCAGACGCUUGGCCGUCACAAAACACUUGCAAAUAGAGUCAAUUCCCAUCAUUGUCUUGGCUUCAAAGCCGGAUCUUUUCCCUGGAGGCUGCCAUCUCGGACCAUUGGAACGCUUCAUCUACUCUUGGAUACAAGUAAAGCUGCCGACUCUCCCGGAGGCUUCUCGUUCAAACAAAGACCGCCAGAAUACUCUGACGGGAAAACUGCUCAAAUUUCUCUCCAAAUGGACCGGAGUAGAUGAAGUGUACCGAAUGAAGGUAAUGCACCUACAAGCCAAGAAGCUUCUACGCGGAAUAUCAGAGGAAACACUAGCCAUGGGAUUGAAGGAACGUUCUGAGACAGUGGACGAGGCUUUACUCUUUGCAGUAAGGUUCGGGAAUGUGGAUUUCUUGGUAGAGAUGAUCAAGAACAACUCCGAGCUCCUUUGGUCCACGAGAACGAGCUCGAGCAGUACUCUGUUUCUCUUGGCCGUCGAGUUCAGACAAGAGAAGGUGUUUAGUCUCCUCUACGGUCUUGACGACAGGAAGUUCCUCUUGCUCGCCGACAAGGACUGUGACGGCAACGGCGUGCUCCAUCUCGCCGGCUUUCCUUCCCCUCCUUCGAAGCUCUCUACAGUUGUCGGCGCAACUUUGCAGAUGCAGCGCGAGUUACAAUGGUUCAAGGAAGUGGAGAGGAUCGCACCGGAGAUUGAGAAGGAGAGAGUAAACACGGAAGAGCAAACACCGAUCGAGAUAUUCACAAAGGAGCACGAAUCAUUGCGAAACGAAGCCGAGAAAUGGAUGAAAGACACGGCGAUGUCGUGCAGCUUAGUCGCGGCUCUCAUUGUCACUGUCACUUUCGCGGCGGUUUUCACCGUACCCGGUGGAACCGACGACAAUCAAGGUAAACCAUUUCAACGAAAAAACAAGUAUUUCAUCACAUUCGUCGUCUCCGAUUUGAUAUCCUGCUUCGCCUCCUGCACCUCCGUUCUCAUAUUCCUCGGGAUACUCACCGCGAGAUACUCCUUCGACGAUUUCUUGGUCUCGCUGCCGACGAAGAUGAUCGCAGGGCUUUCGAUACUGUUCGUCUCGAUAGCGGCGAUGCUUGUGGCGUUCUCGUCGGCGCUAUUCACGAUGCUUGACGAGAAAUGGAUAGUUCCUCCGACGAUCCUUCUCGCUUGUUCCCCGGCGCUGCUGUUUGUUCUUCUUCAGUAUCCUCUCCUCAAGGAGAUGAUCUUCUCAACUUACGGCAAAGGGAUCUUUGACAGAAGCAUGAAAUGUUGGUCCUAACACAAAAUGUAACAUAAAGUAAACUGCCACCGUGAGGUGGCUUUAUACGAAAUUGAAAUUCUUUUAGCAUCUUCUCUUUCUACGUUUCUUGAGAAAGCGUUACACAAUUGAGUGCAAAAUAAUUCGUAUAUUUGGGGAUAUUGUAUAACAAAACUGUGGAAAGACUAAACUCUGAACUGAAAAAACCAAGAGACAUUUACGAAUUUAGACACUUUCAAAAUUUUGUUUAAGUAUUAAAGCAUUUAUGGGUACUAAGGCACUUUGCCUUACUUUUUGGUAUAUGAGAUGUCUAUUAUAUCCUUUUAAAUUUGUAAUAAAAUUAAGUAAAAAUUUAGACCACGAUUGAUAAUAAAAACUUGUAAUCUCCGCCUCCUUCUCUUUCUAUUUUGUUCUUCCCUUUCUUCUGCUUCAUCUCUCUUUUCUGGUUUUAAUGAGAUUUGAUUUGUUAAAA